AUGAAGAACGUGAAGGAAAGUGGACGACAGUCGGAGACAGCCCGAUGACAAAUAUGACGACAGCCCUACUGCGAAGGCGUGACUCUAACGCUGCUGCACAUACCAUUUCGAAAAGCCGGGUAGCUCAGGUAUAGCGCUGCACAUCGAGUGUGCUUGUCGUGCUAAAGCACUAUGCUGCUCUGGGUUGUUAAAAUCUACUCAGGCUCCUGAAUCUUGUAAUUCGAAUGGUGCUUUUGACACAUCGGCAAACCAUAUGAGGGAAGAAUCAUCUCCUUCAAAAACUCCAUGAGAUUGGUUUCAGGCGCAGUUCCUACCUUCUCGUGCGUUCGCCUGCACCAAAACUGUAGACCUGGAUUCACGGCUGAGUGACGAUCCAGAAUACGGGUAGUAUUCUGUGGAGUUUCUCCACUACUAAGAGACUGACUCCUUCUCGACUCCACUGGUGUUGACGCAGGAGUUCCAGGAACAACCCUCUUCGUAUUGUCAGACCGUGAUGUCUGACAACGGAUGGGAUGAAUGCUGUUCAUUUCGACCACCGGGGCAUCAUGUGGAAUACCAUCCGCCAGGUAAAGGCCAUCAUUGGGAAGCAUCUCUUAGGACGAGGUCUCCGUACAGGUGUUGUCUUCCACACACUGAUGGUUCGCCGCGCUCGAAGGUCACGACAGAGUUCUGCAGAAUGGCUGAGAGAGAUACAAUGAAGUCUGUCCAGGGGUGCCAAGAACAGUUCGGAUCAAGCGACACCUUCUUGGUGCUUACGGCAAAAGCUCAAUCCGAAGCUCGGGAAACUGCUAACCGGCCAGGCACGCGGAGCGCUACAGAGCGGGGCCAAGUCGGGCUCUCUUCCGGGAUUCGAAGUAUAAGAAGUGCCACCACAGACAAAACAGAGAUGAAAAAGCGCAAACCGGCACACAGAGAGAAGCGAGCUCGCGCCAAAAGGCCAUUAGUACUUUCUCCCACGUCCUCAGUUCCCACUCUACGCAUUAUCCAACUGAUGCAGUUGUUGAAAGAUUUGCCAUACGAACGCUGUGCAUCGUUCUACUGCUUUCUUUGGUGCUGUGAACAUGUGCAGCGGACCGGGGACCUGACAGCAUUAUAGCGAAAAGUAUGGUGGCACGAGGGAACAAAAGACCGUACCUCCGGAGCCGCAGUUCCGGCGGCCGAAAGACGAACGAUGUCCUUGUGCAGAGAGUCGGAGGGGGCUACCAGCUCUACACAGCAGCCCAGUGGAGCGGUUUUAGGCUGAAGGAGUCAUCCACAAUGACGCCGGUACGCUCCGCGAUCAGCCACAGAUGCUUUAGUCGCAUUGAAACUAUCUGCACAUUUGUGCGUGGGUAUUUCUGUCUACACAUAUUCACCCUGUGUCGUCUUAACUGAUAGAAGGAAAUUAUCUGAGACAGUCGGCUUGGUUCACUAUACAUCGGACACACUGCCACGGAAUAUAGGCAGUGUUUCUGUGUGAAUGCUUGCAUACGGAAGAAUGGGGGAAGAAAUGUGCUUUUUCAGUACCCGUUCCUCAACAUACUAAAUUUCCUGUUGCCUCCUGCCUGUGUUGCAGCCUGACCUCGCGCGGCAUAAGGGCACUCAGACAGGACGGUCGCUUGAGGUUUUCGCGUCCAACAUGGGACAGAACAGAACCACAUUUUUGCCAGCGAUAUCUCCACUACCUUCUGCAGCUGUACAGCAAAUUUUGGAAGAUAUCGAUUAUGUCGUACCUCCGUGCAAAUAUGCAAGAGAACAGCUUCAUACACAACCAGAUACUAGCCACUUCCGUGUUUCGCCGUUUCCAGCUUCGCCGACCGGAACAAGGCGGUCGGUUAAGCCAUUGCGAUGCAGCUUCCAUAACCGAUGUUCCCAUACGUGUUCCAGAGGGAACACAUGUAGUAACACUGAUACACCACUACUCCGUUCCUUUUGCAUGGCCAAGGAAAAGGUGGAGAUCCCAGCCCAUCUCAUUUUGACUAGUCCUCGCACUGAAAGAGCACAGUCGGAUAUCGCUCAUGAACAGAGAUCAACCGCUUUCGGUCGGCCACAUUCUGCCAGUUGUCACGCACGGUGUGUCGGAGCUAACACUGUCUAUAGUCCUGAUUCUUCUCACCGUGGACGUCGAGCCCUUCGCUCAAGCUCAGGAGCAACAGUGAUCUGGUGUAAGACCGGUGAACCUGCUACGCAGAGUGCAGUGCAAACAGCCGCAGCAGCGUAUCCGCGGCGUGGUUCCGGACAUCAUCGUAGUUCUUCAAUGUGGAAUACCAUUCAAAGCCAG